UUGAUUCAGCCUCAAUAUUCUUUAUGGUAUCAGAGCCUUUUCUUAGCACCAAAUUAAUUCCAAAACCCUAGGUUUCUUAUUUUGUUGUGCCUCUGCGUCAAUGGAUGAGUCUUCGUCUUCUUCCUCUUUGUCUCCUUCCUCUUUGUCUCCUUCCUCUACUUCUCCUAUUCCCACUGGUCCUCCGUUUCUUUCUACAAUUUUUGCCCCUUCCUCUCCUGUUGUGUCUGUCACGCCGUCAAUCCCUAUUCCUCCUACUUCUUCCUCUUUACCCACAACCCUUGCCUCUUCUGUUUUCUCUCAUCCCGUUUUCUCUGUCACCAAUAUCCGGAAUUAUGUGGCAGAAACUCUUGAUCACACUAAUUUUUUUGUGUGGAAGGAAUUGAUGAUUCCUGUAUUGCAAAGCAAAGGCGUUUAUGGUCAUGUUGAUGGUUCCGAUUCGGGUCCCUCCCCUAACAGUCCAGAUUUUGAUUCCUGGAUGCAGGUUGAUUAUCAGGUUCUGUCUUGGAUUCAGGCCACUAUAUCAAAAGACAUUCUUCAAUUUAUUCUUCAACCCGGUAAGCAGCUCACAGCAAAAUUAGCUUGGGAAUCCAUUCAUCAGUUGUACCAAAGCCAACUUAGUGCUACUGCACUUCAAUUAACUCAAGAAUUCAGUGGUAUUCAGAAGCAGUCUGGCCAGAGUGUUAUGGACUAUUUGCAGUAUGUCAAGGGGUUAUCUGAUCGGCUUUUCGGAAUUGGUCAUCCAGUAUCUGAUAAAGAUUUAGUGCUUCGAACUAUUGCUGGUCUUGAUCAUUCCUUUUCAGUGGCAAAGCGCACUAUUCCUCAACAUGUUCCCUUCCCUACUUUCUUGGAAUUGCGAUUGCUACUGUUGAUUGAGGAAGCUAAUAUUUUGCAGGAAUCCUCCACUAGCUCAUUGAUGAAUGGCUCUUCUAGUUCUAGUCAAUUGUUGCAACUUACUCACCCUUCUGAUCUCCAGAUUCAUUAUGCUGCUCCUUUGCAACGAGGUCGUGGUUUUGGUCGGAAUAAUACUUUUAGGGGAGGCCGGACUAAUCGAGGUCGGGGAUCUCGCGGAAGUGGUCGUACUGUCUGGAAUCAUCGCUCAAAUUUUUCUGGCCAUUCUUCUUUUGGUCGCGGCUUUGGCAAUGUUGCUCAUGGUGCCUCUGAUUUUUCGACUGGUUAUUCUGGGACUCAUGGUGCUGGUUUUAAUGGGUCUUUGUUUGCAAAGUCUGAUGGCCAAGUGGUUGGGUUUCAUUCUGCCAAUAGUUCUACCCGUGCCUUACCCCCAUUACUGCCAACUUCACCAACCCCUAUUGCUUGUCAAUGGUGUAAUCGACUGGGCCAUCAAGCACGUGAUUGCUCUUUCUUAACUGCCAGACCUGCCUCUGCUUCCUCUGCACCCCAGUCACUAUAUGCAAAUUUAGUUCCUGCUCCUAUGGAUCCCAAUUGGUACUUUGACAAUGGAGCUCAAACCCAUGCUACCAACAAUCCUGGUAAAUUACUUCACUCCACUCCUUCCUCUUCCUCCAAUUUUAUUCAAGUUGGUAAUGGUCAAUUAUUGCCUGUUACUUCUCAUGGUAAUGCUUUUCUCUUUACGUCCAACUCUCAAUUUCGUCUUAAUAAUGUUUUGGUUGCUCCACAUCUUACCAAAAAUCUUGUUUCUGUUCGUCAGUUUACUCGUGAUAAUAAUUGUAGUGUUAACUUUGAUUCAUUUGGUUUUUCUAUUAAGGACAACAAGACGAAGAACGUCCUCCUUCGUUGGAAUAGUCCGGAUGGCUUGUAUUCAUUUUCUAGUGGUUCCUUCCCCAGUUAUCCUGCUGUCUAUUCUGUUUCGCAUUCUCCUGAUGUGUGGCAUUGUCGUCUUGGUCAUCCGGGCAUCACUUCUAUUCAACACCUUGCUAGACGUGGUCUUCUUCCAAUUGAAAGAGUUACUUUGCCACCACGUUUAUGUCAUGCAUGUCAGCUUGGGAAACAUGUUCGUCUUCCCUUUUCUGAGUCUUGUUCUUUUGCUACUAAACCAUUUGAGUUGAUUCAUUCCGAUGUUUGGACAUCACCUACAUUGUCUUUUUCCGGAAUUAAAUAUUAUUUGUUAUUUUUGGAUGAAUAUAGUCAUUAUUUAUGGGUUUAUCCUUUGUCAUCUAAGGCUCAAGUGUUUGAUUCUUUUCUUAAAUUUUCUACUUUUGUGUCUACUCAAUUUGGUGCUAAGAUCAAAGCUUUGCCAUGUGAUAAUGGUCGUGAAUUUGAUAACUCUCAAUUUGCAUCCUACUUUCAUACUCAUGGAAUUCAUCUUCGUUCUUCGUGUCCCUCAACUCCCCAACAAAAUGGGAAAGCUGAGCGCAUGAAUAGAACAAUCAUGAACAUGGUUCGUUCUUUACUUUUUCAAGCAAACUUGCCUGGUAAAUUUUGGGUGGAAGCUAUUUAUGUAGCUGUUCAUCUUCUAAAUAUAUUACCUACUUCCAGGCUACAUUUUCUUACUCCUCAUGAGGUGUUUUUCGGUUCCCCACCGAAAUAUGAUCACUUGAGAACAUUUGGUUGUGCUUGCUAUCCUAAUAUGUCUGCCACUACCCCACAUAAAUUAGCUCCUCGCUUUACCUUAUGUAUUUUUCUAGGCUACCCGGCUCAUCAUAAGGGUUAUCGCUGUCUUGAUUUGGCAACCAAUAAGAUUAUUAUCUCGAGGCAUGUUGUUUUUUAUGAAACCUCUUUUCCCUACACCUACACUGCCCCGGUGUCUUCACCACUUCCCCAUUUUCGCAGCCCAUUUCACCUCAUGGAUUUCCCUCCCAUUAAGCCCAUUUCUAAAUCUUCCUUGGCCCAAAACCAUGACCUGCCUGUGUCUACUACCUCCCUCAGUCCAUUCUACCUUCUUCUCCAUCAUUGCCGGCCUCUCCUAAGUCAAUCCCUAAUACUGUAUCAUCCUCUUCUCCUUCCUUGUCCUUACCAUCUCUUUUCUUCCUCCACGGCUUUGCCCUCUUUACCACCAUCGAAGUUUUCCCCUUCUUCCACAGAUUCCCCUCAUCCUCUUGUCGAACUCCCUGCCUCCCAUGCUACCCCUUCCAUGGCUUCUUGUUCACUUCCCCUGUCCCCUGCCUCUUCGCUCCCACCUUCCUUGCAGCCUCCUCGGCAUAUCCAUCCUAUGAUUACCAGGUCUCAAGUUGGCACUCGAAAGCCUCAGGUUCUGCCAUCCUUGCUUGCUACCGGAGCUGCAAUCAGGGAACCAAAAACCUUUAAAGAAGCUUGUCAAUUCUUCGAAUGGCGUUCUGCAAUGAAGGCUGAUGGUUCUAUUGAGCGCUUCAAAGCUCGCCUCGUUGCUCAAGGGUUUACACAACAACAAGGUAUUGAUUAUGAUGAUACUUUCAGUCCUGUGGUCAAGCCUGUUACCAUUCGAACUGUUUUGGCAUUAGCUGUGAUGUAUUCUUGGCCUAUUCAUCAACUUGAUGUGAAGAAUGCCUUUCUUCAUGGGCGGCUUUCUGAGGUUGUAUAUAUGUCUCAGCCUCCGGGGUUUAUUGAUCCACAAUAUCCUGAUUAUGUUUGUCGGUUGAAUCGUGCUCUUUAUGGCUUGAAGCAAGCGCCUCGUGCUUGGUUUCAAAGGUUUGCAUCUUUUCUGUUUACUCGAGGUUUUUCUCAAGCUCGCUCUGACAGUUCUAUGUUUCUUUAUCAUUCUAAUGGUACUAUAGGUAUUCUUUUACUUUAUGUGGAUGAUAUUGUGCUCACGGCUUCCACUACAGUGCUGCUUCAUGACAUUAUUUCUUUGUUGAAACGUGAGUUCUUGAUGACUGAUUUGGGGCAGCUUAAUUAUUUUUUGGGUAUCAGUGUUAGUUUCAAUUCCGAUGGAUUAUUUCUUUCUCAGUCGAAGUAUACUCAUGAGCUACUUGAAAGAAGUGGCAUGCUUGAUUACAAGCCAGUGGUAACACCUAUGGCACCCAAGGCCAAAUUAUUUUCUACUGAUAGUCCAGCUUACUCUGAUCCGGCAUUCUAUCGUAGUAUUGUGGGUGCCCUACAGUAUUUAACAUUUACACGCCCAGAUAUUGCUUUUGCUGUUGGCCAGGUUUGUCAGCAUAUGCAUGCUCCUACUCACAAUCACUUCACUGUUGUCAAACGGAUAUUACGCUAUUUGAAAGGUACUCUGAAUUAUGGUCUUCAAUUAUUUCGUAAUUCCUCUCUUUCUCUACAUAUGUUUACGGAUGCUGAUUGGGCUGGGUGUGUUGAUACUAGAAGAUCUAUUUCUGGUUAUUGUUUGUUUCUUGGUAAUUCUUUGAUUUCUUGGUCUUCCAAGAAGCAAAACACUAUCGCUCGGUCCAAUGCUGAAGCUGAAUAUCGUGCUAUAGCCAAUGCUGUUGCUGAGGUUAUUUGGGUUCGUCAACUGCUUUCUGAGCUACAUGUUUUCCUUCAUUCUCCUCCUAUGGUUUAUUGUGAUAAUAUCAAUGCCAUUUACAUGUCUCUCAAUCCAGUUCAACAUCAACGGACGAAGCAUAUUGAGAUUGAUAUUCACUUUGUUAGAGAGCAUGUUGCUUCUGGUAUUAUUUGCAUUCAGUAUGUUCCUUCUUCUGCCCAACGUGCUGAUGUCCUCACCAAGGCUCUCUCUUCUGCUCUUUUCCGAUCUCAAAGCUCGAGCUUCUGCGCCACGAUAAUGGCUGGAAAAGAAUCAGAGUACGACGGUGCUUCGGACUCGGACCUAGUCUCCGAUCAGUCUCUCAAACUCCAACAUCAGUCAACGCACCUCAGCACCACCGCCAACGCCGCCGCUGGCGGUCUUGAAAUCACCUGCUUUAGCGAGGUAGUCGAUGACGCUACCUUCCACUUCCAAAUCAUUCGUUUCCCUAAACAGAUAUAUGCAUGGAUCGGUUGCAACUCUACGAAAUUCGGUGACUUGUACGCAGCUGCAUCGACACGACCUAGCAAUACGGUCGGUGUGACUUCCAUUCUCGGAGGUUCUUCAGAUAACACUGGGUCUGGAAUCGCUAGGCCAUUAGUGUUAAAAACUGGUCUUAACAUAAUUCUUGCUUGCAGUAUCCCAAAGAAUAGCCCCAUGCUUGAGGUUUGAUUUUUUCCUCUACCAUCCUUUCUCUGUCUCUAUCAUAUGUCAUAAUAAUGCAUUGAAGUUUCCUUUUGGUAGAAUCUUGUCAUUUAUUUAUUUUUUUCUUGGUUAUGUUUUUACCUAGUACUGGUAUUGGAGAGAUUGUUUGUUUGAGUAUUCUCACAUUCCCUUUACAUUUUAAGAUUUUUAUUUUGCAUUUAACACAAGUUUUUAACUUUUGGCCUGGAGCCAUAUCCAGACUUGUAGGAAAACUCAACGGAUUUUAACCAUUGGUAGACCAAUAACCCUCCAAAGUGAAUGAGAGUGGCUGGAAGACAAGCAUAUUGCUGGUUAAUUGCUCUAAUAGCCCUACUCCCUCUUUCCAAUUCAAGUGAAGAGAGGAGCAUUGUCUAAUAAUUUCAUCUGCCAUGGCAUAAUUUCAUUUACCCUUUUCUUUCAUGGGAUUUUAGGCAAAUGCUGAAAAGAAGCUGAUGGAGAAGUUAAUCAGUUUGGGAUACACGCAGCCAAGAUAAUG